CUUCGAUCAGCUGAUUGCAAUCUUCUGAUUGGUCACAUUUAAAUAUCAACACUUUGUAAACACCGUACAAUGAGGCACCACUGUGAAAACCGAUUCUCUGUAAAUUAAUUUUUAUAAUUAUUGUUCACAUAAUUUUUUAUAGUUAUUCAAAUAAUUAUAAAGAAGAUGGAGAUAGAAGAAUCAACUAAAGAAGAUACUGUUGAGGUUAUUAGGAAAAAUGUGAGAGAAUUGGUUCACACGGAAAGGGGGAAAAAUCGUAUAGAAACAUGGAACAAAAAUCGUGUAGCUUUAGGAAACCUUAUGACAAAUUCGUCAUUUACAACAGAGUUCGUCGUUGAAAAGGCAAAAGCUCUUAAAAAGAGAACAUUAUCUAUCGAAGAGUAUAGUCAACUCCAAAACGCUCUCAUUCAGAGCGAGGACAAUGUUAAUUCUUUUUUAAAAGUGAACAAUAUCUUAUUUGCCUUGGUACGUGAUUUAUCUAGUAAUAAUAAUGCAUUGCAGUUAUGUGCUGCAAGCUGUUCUUGUAAUAUAGCACUUGGAAAUACUAAGGCAUGUACUGCAUUAACCAAAAACAUUGGACCAUAUCUUGUUACAAAAUUAGAUACUUUAAACUAUCCUCUAUUGGAAGUUUGUAUAUGGACGAUGGGAAAUCUGAUUUCGGGAAGCAAUCAAGCAUUUGAAAUUUUCCAUGCCCAAGAUUGCUUAAAAUAUAUUAUAUCCCUGAUGCAUAACUGUGAUAAUAUGAUCGUGCCUUCAGUAGCCUAUACAGCCAUGCAUUAUGUGCAUAUUGGUUUUAAAUACAUCCAAGAUAAUGAGAUGAUUGAACUUGCUAAUGCUACUAUAAAAAGAACUCUUUCAUUUGAAGAUCCAUACCUUAUUUGGUUGCUAGCAUUAUUAUCUUCACAACAAUCUUGUAACUCCUCUUUAUAUAAUGUAGUACCUUUGAUAGUGGAUUAUUUGUAUCAAAAUAAUACAAACAACUUUUCACUUAUUACAGCAUGUAUAAGAAUAUUGGCCAAUACUGUGCAAGAGACAUCCGGACAAUUGGCAAAAUUUCUAUUAGAAAAUCCAAAAUAUUCCCAAUCAGAUUUAGAGAUAUUGAUCAAUAGAUUGCUUUCAUGCCAAUAUAUACAUAUCAGAAAAGAAACAUUAUGGUUAAUAGGUAAUCUUUAUAAUCACAAUUCUUCUGACAUUAAGAGAAUGAUACAAAACAUCGUUCCCCGAUUGUCAUUCUUGAAACAAGCAAUUUUAUCUACAACUCAGCAGUAUCAAUAGGUACUGAUUCAACUAAUCGAGCGGGAAUCGCGUAAGCUUUAUAAUUACCAUAUUUACAUAUGUAUAAUAUUUAUACAACAGUAAAUCUUCCUUCCCAAUUUCACGCUUUAUAUUAGCGACGGUAUAAAAAUAUGAAAAUUGUUGGUAACACUUUGCAAUGCUGCAUUCGUUUUAAUAACUCAUUUUAACAGGAAUAAAUCGCCGUCCUAUUCUUA